UGGACAUCCAUUUAUCUUUUCUUGAGAGCAGUUUUUAACAAUAAAAAUCUAAAAAGCCAUUCCAGUCCUAGAUUUCGCUUAUUCCCGUUGGACUUGAAAGGUGAGGGAGCUAUUUUUGAUCGGUGUAAAUGUGUAAUCAAAUACAGAGUAUUAGGCUAAAUUUAUUUAUUCUAAAAUAAUGUCUCGGGAAUGUAAUUUCAGUAGCAUAAGACCAAGUAAUUGGUACGUAGUAGUUCCCAAUAUGUUUCCACAGCAACAAAAGUGUUGACCAGGUAAGAGCACACGGAUUGCCUUCAUUCAUAAAUCUCCGUUCUUGCUACUUGCGAGUCAACACCUUCCAAUUAAUCAUUGGUGAGCGCUCGUUCUUCUGCACAAAUGAAAUUAACCCUUCACUAGGAACGAAAAUUUCAGCUCCAAUUAUGUAUCAUCCUCUUCCUCGCCACGUACCCUGUAUCUUCUUCUUCUUCAUCCUGCUCGCCGUGGCUGCCUCCCAACCCCUCGGAAACUACUGCCCAAAUAGCACCACCACCUAUACUACAAACAGCACUUUUCAUUCCAACCUCAUGGCCCUCCUCUCCGCCCUCGCAUCAAAUGCCACCCGCCCAAACGGUUUCUACAACUCCACCGUCGGCAGCCGCAACUCCACCGCGUACGGCCUGUUCAUGUGCCGCGGCGACGUCUCAACGUCCGGCUGCGCGGCCUGCGUGAGUGAUGCCGGCACGAAUAUACUGAAGCUGUGCCCCAAUAAAAGGACCGCCGACAUUUGGUACGACAAUUGUAUGUUGCGUUACUCGGAUGUGUCUAUGUUCGGAAGAGCUGACCAGUCGAUAGUGCUGAAUUUGUACAAUACCCAGAAUGAUACGCAACCGGCGAGGUUUAUGCAGGCGGUCGGUAACACGAUGGGUCAGAUGGCAGCUGCGGCGGCCGCCGGGGACAGAUCCGGCAAGAAAUUCGCGACCCUGGAAGCUAAUUUUUCGUCGUUUGAGAAGAUCUACAGUCUGGGGCAGUGCACGCCGGAUCUUUCCGUGUUGGAUUGCCAGAGCUGUUUGGGGAGCGCAAUCCAACGGUUGCCAGGGUGUUGCUAUUCGGCACUGGGUGCUAGAACGAUCUACCCAAGCUGUAAUGUUAGAUAUGAGACAUACCCUUUCUAUAAUAGCACCGCCGCCUCUCCUCCACCGCCGCCGCCUCCGUCUCCUACCCGCCGUCCUCCCUCCAGCCCGCCUCCCGUCUCUGCCCCCAGUGAAGAAAGGAAGAAACAUUCUUCUUCAAAAGUGAUUAUUAUUGCUAUUGUAGUUCCGGUCAUUGGGAUUAUACUCUUCAUUGCAAUCUUGUGUUGUGUAAGAACUAGAUAUGUCAAGAAAAGAUUAACAGCACACCUUACAGAUGUGACUGGGAUUUCAAGUGAUGAGUCCUUGCAAUAUAAUUUUGUUACUAUUCAAGCAAUUACAAACGGUUUUGCCCCUGAAAGUAAAAUUGGCGAAGGUGGAUAUGGUUCAGUAUACAAGGGAAAGCUUCCUGGUGGACCAGAUGUAGCUGUAAAAAGGCUUUCAAGAACAUCAGGCCAAGGGGCCCAAGAGUUCAAGAAUGAGGUUGAAGUAGUAGCACAGCUUCAACAUAGAAAUUUAGUAAGGCUGCUCGGCUAUUGCUCAGAAGGAGAAGAAAAGAUACUAAUCUAUGAAUUUGUGCCCAACAAGAGUCUUGACUACUUUUUAUUUGAUGAUGAAAAGAGGCGCUUAUUGGAUUGGUCAAGGCGUUACAAAAUCAUAGAAGGGAUAGCACGAGGACUGGUAUACCUUCACGAAGAUUCCCGCCUUAGAAUUAUACAUCGUGACCUCAAAGCAGGCAAUGUGCUGCUCGAUGAAAAUAUGAACUCGAAAAUCGCAGAUUUUGGAAUGGCCAAAAUUUUUGGAGUCGAUCAAACCCAAGGAAAUACAAACAGAGUUGUUGGAACAUAUGGCUACAUGUCUCCCGAGUAUGCAAUGCAUGGGCAAUUCUCAGUCAAGUCUGAUGUUUAUAGUUUUGGUGUUCUUGUUUUGGAGAUCAUAACUGGGAAAAAGAGUUCCAACUUCACUGAAACAAGUGAAGCCCAUGAUCUUCUUAGCUAUGCAUGGAAAUAUUGGAGGGAUGGGAGGCCAUUAGAGAUAUUGGAUCCUAUACUUGGAGAUACCUACUCAAGAAAUGAAGUCAUCCAAUGCAUCCAUUUGGGCUUGUUGUGUGUUCAAGAAGAUAUUGACGAGAGGCCUACGAUGGCCAAUAUCGUUCUCAUGCUCAGUAGUUAUUCUGUCAGCCGGCCGGUCCCAUGUCACCCGGCUUUCUUUUACAGUGGAAGAUCAGAGAUGAUGCAGAAAGGGGGGUUCAUGUUGUCGGAUCAGUACACAAGUGAUUCCAUUCCCUUGUCUGUAAAUGAAGUGUCCAUUACUGAGCUUUAUCCAAGAUAAUAUUAAAAGGAUAUACAAGUAAAGUUUAUGAAAAUUGGGAAAUAAAAUAGCUGAGGAACUAUUGAAACCUCAUUCAAUUCACUGUUUAUAAAUGUAAGUGCGGGACAAGGAACGAUGCAUACACUUAAAGUACCAUAUUUACAGAAUUAGGCAAAUUUUGGAUACUACUGAAGUAGUUUCUGUGUCUGGUUUGCCCCGAGUGCAAAUCCUAAUAUGGUUUUAUGCUAUUUAUAUUGACACAUUUUAGGUGUGUUAGGACUUCUGAUAUCGUCCCGACAGUCCUCUAUGUUCAGUCUGAAUGAACGAUCGUACUCAAGGGAGGAUGCCCCGGUUACAUUCCUUUGGGGAGACAACACCGAAAGGAUGAAGAAUUAGAGCAGCAUUUAGAAUAUUGGACACAAGGAUGAACAGAAUGAUUAAUGUAUUGAGAAUGAGUUAAAAGUUCAUGAUAAUCCAU